AUGAUGCGCACCGUCCUCGCCCGUGCCGCCCUCCGCGCCCGCCCUGCCGCACCCGUCACCCCUGCACGUGCUCUGGCCAUUCGCUGGGCGUCCAGCGCGCACGGCGAGGAGACCUUCGAGCAGUUCACCGAGCGUUACGUCUCUUUCUUCCAGACGGCCGAAGACCUCUUCGAGGUUCAGCGCGGCCUCAACAACUGCUUUGCCCACGAUCUCGUGCCCGCACCCGCCGUCGUAGAGGCCGCACUCCGCGCAGCGCGCCGUGUCGACGACUACGCGACGGCCGUUCGCGUGUUCGAGGGUGUCAAGGAGAAGGUCGAGAACAAGCAGCAGUACCAGGCAUACCUUGACGAGCUCAAGGGCGUACGGGAGGAGCUUGGUGUCGAGACCGUCGACGAGCUCUUUGCCCACUGA